UCGCUCUGUCAUACACACACAGUAGAGGGGUUUGAAAAAUCGAUCGAAGGAAAUGGCAGAUUGGGGGCCGGUGCUGAUAGCGGUGGUGCUGUUCGUGCUGUUGACGCCUGGGCUGCUGUUCCAGAUACCGGGCAGGAACAGAGUUGUGGAGUUUGGAAACAUGCAGACCAGUGGGAUCUCCAUCCUUGUUCACACCAUUAUCUAUUUUGGUCUCAUCACAAUCUUCCUCAUCGCCAUCGGUGUUCACAUCUACGCCGGCUAACUCUUUUAAUUUCUCCUCUCUACCUAGUUUACUCGUCCUUCCUCUGGUUUGUCUCUUAACUAAAUCAUCUUUACAUCUCCCUCUAUAUAUGUUCUCUGUUAUUUUUAUUUUAAGGGUUCUCCCCUAAAUCUGAGUGUUAGGUUUCUAUGUAUGUGAGUGAUGGUGAGUGAUUUGGUAAAUUGGAUUCUUAAAUCUGAUUGAUAUUUGAGUGAUUGCCAAACGUUAUGGCACUUGCGCUUGUUUCUUUUCGUUCAUUUUUUCCUUAAAAUCUGAUGAUUCUUUAGUUAUUGCGA